AUGUUGAUUUUUUCUAGAUGCAAUUGGUGUCAGUUUGGUGGAGAUAAUAAGAGUGUGGUGAAUGAUGUGGGCGCAGUGAACGGGCACAGCGGCACCACGGCUUCCUCAGUGGCGGGGGGCGCGCGGGGAGCCGAGUCUCCUUCGCAGGCCAACCAGGACACCGUGGAUAACGCCACUCCCACCUGCUGGUGGGCGGCGUGGUCGGCCAUGGGGUGCUUCGGGUCGCCCGGCGCUAAGAGCGGCGAGGAUGAUGCCAAGUCGCAAAAGCGCCGUAGUGACGCCAUCACCCGCCAGCUGCAAAAAGACAAGCAGCUGUACCGCGCAACGCAUCGUCUGCUCCUACUUGGUGCCGGCGAGUCCGGUAAGUCGACGAUUGUCAAGCAGAUGCGCAUACUUCACGUGAACGGUUUCUCUGAUAAGGAACGACGCGAGAAGAUCGAGGAUAUCAAGAAGAAUAUCCGUGAUGCGAUACUUACAAUCACAGGCGCGAUGAGCACCCUGACACCACCCAUUCCGCUCGAAAAGCCGGAGAACAAGGCGCGCGUAGACUACAUUCAGGACGUAGCGUCGCAGCCCGACUUCGACUACCCGCCCGAGUUCUACGAGCACACGGAGGAGCUGUGGAAGGACCAGGGCGUGCAGCGCACGUACGAGCGCAGCAACGAGUACCAGCUAAUUGACUGCGCUAAGUACUUCCUAGACCAGGUGCACAUCAUCAAGCGCGCGGACUACACGCCCACGGAGCAGGACAUCCUGCGCUGCCGCGUGCUCACCUCUGGAAUAUUCGAGACGCAGUUCGUCGUCGACAAAGUCAAUUUCCAUAUGUUCGAUGUGGGCGGACAGCGUGAUGAAAGACGUAAAUGGAUACAGUGCUUCAACGACGUGACGGCCAUCAUCUUCGUGACCGCCUGCUCGUCCUACAACAUGGUGCUGCGCGAGGACCCCACUCAGAACCGCCUCCGGGAGUCGCUCGACCUGUUCAAGAGUAUAUGGAAUAAUAGAUGGCUCCGCACAAUAUCAGUGAUCCUGUUCCUGAACAAGCAGGAUCUGCUGGCGGAGAAGGUGUUGUUGGGGAAGUCCCGGCUGGAGGAGUACUUCUCUGAGUUCGCGCGCUACCAGACGCCGCCCGACGCGAGCCCCGACGCCCGCGACCACCCGGAGGUGGCUCGAGCCAAGUACUUCAUACGGGACGAGUUCUUGCGUAUAAGCACGGCGAGCGGCGACGGCAAGCACUACUGCUACCCGCACUUCACCGCAUGCACCUGCGCCAGUACGAGCUGCUCUAACGCCGCCACGAAACCAACAGAGAAGAGCAAUCUGCGUCGACACUGGCCCGACAGCCGACACCCGCUCGCCGCGCGACCUCCAACGCCAUCACUCUCACUACGAUUUGUCUUU